AGUGGUCUAACAUCUAACACGUGAUCUUAUUAUCUCAGCUACAAACAAUACAAUUCUUGUAUGGGUGUGCAGUGAUGGCCUUUAUUCUUAAAGUUGAUUGGCUAACAGAUUCAAUUGCUGCGGGUUUAAUCUUGCCACCCGAAAAAUAUAUGAUCUUAUCCCAAAAUGUCAGGGGAAGGCAUGUACAAGGUCACUCCAAAAGCUAUCCCUUAAUUUUUGACAAUAUGGGGUUCAUGAUUCUAGGAAAACCCAAAAUAUUCACCAAAAUGGAAAUCAUUGUCAAGCAUGGAGGUGGUCAGGUUUUCAAAACUCUCCAAAGUUUAGUCCAGAGUCUUGAAUCAGGAAGAAUUUCUAUGGGUUUUGUUAUUGCUGAUGGGAAUAAUGCAUAUCGUCAUUUGAAGCAUUGUACAAAGGAGCAGAACAUUCCCAUGGUGUCAGUUUACUGGACCAUAAAGUGCUUACAUGCGGGAAAGAUUCUUCCAUUGAAGGAGAAGAAGAAUCCACAUUACAUUUCAUCUAAUAAGCUUCUUGAACUUCGAGAUCCCAUGGAUUUGAGUGAAGAAAUAUGAAACUCUCCACUUACGGCCUCUGCAAGUACUUUAUGGUGUUUCACGUUUUCAGGUUACAAUCAAUGGAAGAUACGAGAAUGAAGAAAAUAAGCAGGAAAAAUGACUCAAUUACAUCAAGGCAAAGUUGGGAGGACUAGAAUGCAAUAAUCCAAAAGUUGAAUGGGACCAAAGAACGAUGAGUUGAGAACACCAAGAGUCAAUUGGAGUUGAAGAGAAGCUAAUGGGAUAAGAAAUUUCAGGAAAGAACCAAAACACGCUUCAAAAAGUUUAGGGAUCAAAUUGCAAAUUGGCCCCUAAAAUAGUUGUACUGUGCGUACGCAUAGGCUUGCAGGUCAUGCGUACGCAUGAUUGGAAAAUUUAACUUCCAAAGCUAAAUUGAUGUCACUAUGCAUACACACAAAAAUGUACCAUGCGUACGCAUGGUUUAAUUCUGACAAAAAAAUUCUGUUUUGGAAAGUCUUGGGUUACAAUUCUUUAUACGAUAUUUAUACCAAAAGUCGACAAAAACACAGAGAACCUAAUUUUUAUCAUAUUGGAAGUCGACAAAGAGGAAAAGAGAGCGGGAUAUACAUUGAAGAAUAAGAUUUCAUCACUUGGAUACGAAAUUGAAGGCAUAAAGUGGAGGAUUUCAAAUUCUUUUCAUACUUUAAUGAUUCAGGUGAUGUUGUUCUUUUAUUUUUCCUGUUUUUCCUACAUUAAUAUGCUAGGUUAGAUAUCUUUGUAUUGGAUGGAUGAAAAAACUGAUUGACUUCUAGUUUUUAAUUCAAGAUUUUAUGUUUUUAUCUUAA